UAAUACAAUUAAAUGGGUAUCACAAUAAUUGUUGAAGAGGGAGUGUAUCAAUUUCACAAAAUCAUUAAAUGAAGUAGGCAAAUAGCUUUUGCCCAGCGUUGUUUUUAAAUUGUGGUAGUAAUAAAUUGAGUGUUUAUAAAAUUGGAGCCGCAAACAAAGUAUGUGCUGCUCUAUGAAGAUUUUUUUCUUCCAGUUAAUCACAAAUUAUCGAUGAGAAAAUUUUAACUACCAUCGCUAUUGUAGUUAAUGCAAAGAAGGGGCGGAUUACAGCGGUGUCAACGAAAAGUGCAAGACAAAAUUAUUGAAAAUUCUCGAAUACCGUAAAACAAUUCGUCAUAUCGCUAAUAGACCUGUGAUUCCGUAAAAUACUAUUAAAUAAAAAACAUUAAUCUAUUUGGUGCGAAAGGAUUUUUUUCCUGGGAAUAUUUCAUACUUCAAAACUGCAUACAUACACACACCUAUAUAUUCACAAUCCCUCCAGUAUUUUAACUUACUAAUACCUAGUUUGCAAAUAAGAAAAUGAUGGUUGAAUCCGAUGGUACUGCUGAUGCUACACGUCGUCUCAACGUCAAGAAGCAAACUCUCGAUGAUGCUUAUGCGGUACCAGCAAAUUUUUUGGAAAUCGACGUGGUCAAUCCAUUGACAACUAUGGCUGCAGGCAAGAAACGUUAUACGGACUACGAAGUACGAAUGCGGACGAAUUUACCAGUAUUUAAAGUAAAGGAAUCUAGCGUACGUCGACGAUAUAGCGAUUUUGAAUGGUUGAGAAAUGAAUUGGAACGCGAUAGUAAGAUUGUAGUACCGCCAUUACCCGGAAAAGCAUGGAAACGCCAAAUGCCAUUCCGCGGCGACGAAGGUAUAUUCGAUGAAAACUUCAUUGAGGAGCGACGAAAAGGCCUGGAAGCGUUCAUCAAUAAAAUUGCUGGUCAUCCGUUGGCGCAGAAUGAGCGCUGUUUACACAUGUUCUUGCAGGAGAAUGUAAUCGACAAGAAUUAUGUGCCCGGAAAGAUUCGCAAUACAUAAGAGGCGAUAUAAUAAGGAUCUGAACGCAAGUGGGGAAUGUGUGCCGAAAGAAAAAGUGGUUGUUACUGUUACUCGAGUGCACACGUACUGGGGAAUCAAGCUGAAUGAAAAGAGAAAUAUAUAAAAUGCGAAUAUAAACAAAUUGGACAUACAUUGAAGGAUUUAACAGCUCAGAAGGGUUUAUUUUUUUUUCAAAUUUCGGGUUUAUACAAUAUUAAAAAAUAUUUAUUGUAUGGAAUGUACGUUAUAUAAAUUCUACUAUAUGGAUAUACAAGUAUAUAUAUAUUUUCGAAUUCCACAACUAUUUUAUCUUUAAUAAUGUGCCGACAAAUUAUUAUUAAUAUAAACCUAAAAAAUAAAAAAAAUAUUGCUAAAGGCUUAUAAAGUUGAAAUAAGGCGAAGAAGAUUUAAGUGUAGGAUUUAGGACAAGAAUAUUUUCGUUAGUAGCCAUCAAUCGAACAAAAUAUCUUUAUUACUAUUAUAAAUAUAAAUGUAAAAUAUACCUUGUAAUUGGAAAACUGUCAUUUUGACGUUAUGUAUUUGUAAAUUAAUAUUCUAUGAUCUUAUGUUAAAUUAUAGCGCAUUUUUAAUGUUGCUCGAUGAAUUGAAUACAAAUGAUUGAAUACAUAUUUAAAAUGGCCUCUGUUAAAAUUAUCGCGUUUCCGAGCAAAAGUUUUGUAAACAUUUCAGUAAAUAAAUAAAUUAAACCUU